AUGUCCAGCAAAGACUGUCACGUGGCCGACUUGCUUGCUCUCUGCACGUCGCAUUUGGAUAAACAAGAUGAAGUACACAAAGAAAUCGAUUCGUUGAGAGAGAAUGAUUACCCUCUAGACGUCGGAAGAGUCGUGAAAAUCGUGAGCACUGUCAGACAGUCAGCAGGCGAUCACAGCCGCCUACAGGAUGUCUACACGCAGUUAGUAAACGUUGUAGGCAUUCCGAGCCUCGUGCGGUGUUUGCUCUCUCGUCUGAAGGAAUGGAAUUUGGCGGGAACGGUGAAAGGCCCGGAUGAUGAUGGUCUAGUGUUGCCGUUGGUGUGUCUCUAUUCGGAUGUGUUGUGUGCGCUGGUGUCGAAGUCUGGAUGGGACGAAGAUGAUGAUGAGAAUGUUGUUGAUGUUGUUUUAGAGUUGGUGAUGGCUGUACUGGAGAGGUGCUUGCCUGCAGUCUCAGACAAUGAUGUAAAUGUAGAGAGGAGUGGAACAAUGUGCAAGAACGAAACAAAAUCACUUCUUGAUCUUGCAUUUCAUGCAUUGACAUUCACAUCUAAACUAAACAGUCAUUGCUGCUGUGAACACAGCAAACAGAGAUUACAACAGAUGACACCAAUUCUAUUGCUCGUCUGUGGAAUGCACUGGAAACACCACAACUGGACAAACGCAAGCAUCGUCAAGACAACACACAAACUUGCCGACAUAUUCAUCAACAUAUGCAAACAAAAAUCAAUCAACGAACUUCUAUCUGGACAACCCGGCAGCCAUAAGGGCCACCUGGGAGACAUCCUGAAGCUGUUACGUCCCCAUCUAAAGAAAAACCUCAUUGCGCAUGCGCAUAUGGCUAUGACGUCAUUCCACUGGUGUCUACAAAGAGUCCGACACCCGACCAUCGGUCCUCACUUGCCAUCGCUCACGCCGUCGUUGUUACUCAGCGUGGACACCUACGAGUCGCAUAUCAAGAUACUCGGACUCGAGUGUAUGAACCGGGUGAUCAACGAAGUCGAUCCGAGUGAACUGAGACUGUAUGAUCGUGCGGAAGUCAUCUACGCCGCUUUGAAACCCCACGUGUACACCAAUGACCCGACAGUGUUGAGACACCUCUAUCCCCCCUUGCUGGGCAUAAUCCAGGUGCUAGAGCCGAUCGCACAACGAAUGAGGCACGUCGGGAGGCGUGGGAAACUCGACGAAGUUUUCUCAACGAUUCUCUCCUCGGCGCUGUGCGAGGGCAAGAUCGCUGUACGACGAGCUCACGCGAGUCACCUCCAUCGGUUCGUGGCUGCAAUGGGCAUUGGAGGGUGUAAACACUUGAGGCGACUUUUGGAUUUGAUAUUUUGUUAUCUCGAGUUCCCGGAUGUUGACAUGGAGGAGACGCGUUUGUCGGCAAUGAGAACGCUCGAGGUCAUUAUACAGCAGAUGUGGCCACGAAUGCCAGUGCACGGGACGGAUGUUGCAAAGAGAAUCAUUCGACUGAUAGUCGAGUGUUCGAAGGGCGAACGUUCGGAUGAUCAACUGAGAGAACGUGAUGAUUGUGAGUUGACUAUACGUGACGUUACGAUCGAUUAUUUUCGGGAUUUUGCCGAGUCUGAUGCUCGUUGUGGGAUUCUCUUGGCGUCAUUCAAGUGUCUGGUGUUGUUACUGCGUUGCUGUGGAGAGAGAGUGAGGGGUGAGGUUGAGAGCGUGCGUAAUACGAAGGAUCAUGCAACGGUUGGUCACGUAGUGGAUAUGGCGUUCCGACUGAUGUGACGGGGAACAGUUGGAGAGACUGAUUGGUGGGUAGAUUGAGUAUUGAAUAUUGAACGACCGUAUUGUAGCCAACUGACACACACACACACACACACACACACACACACACACACACACACACACACACACUGGGCAAUGUUGGCCGUGUGUGUGUGUGUACGCGUGUGGGUGUCAGUUGCAAUGUAAUAGAUUUUAUGAUCCUCAAUGAGUCUGUUACAAGGUAACAUGAUCUUACACAAC